GUAGUAGGAUACUUCUCCGCCCACGCCCAAUCAUCCAUACCCAAUCACCCAAGGCACCCACCCCCGCCCCGGCGCCGCGCGAGAUCCCACGCGCACCAACCAACCCGCGGAUUCUCCCGCUGCCCCAAGCCCCACGCCCCGCCGGCCGGUCGUGGCCUCCGGAGGCGAGCGAUGGACGCGGCAGCGAAGAAGUUGACGCGGAGCAUCUCGCGGCAGCUGUCGUCGGGGGCUUCGCGGCUGUGGCGCCAGCUGUCGCUGGACCCGCAUACGCCGCGGCGUGGAACGGGCGGCGGCGCCGGGGCCGGGGCGAGGCCGACGCGGUUCGCGAUCGCGAGGCAGUCGUCGCUCGACCCGACGCCGCGCGCCGGGGCGGAGCAGGAGUUGGCGGUGCCGGAGAACCUGGACGCCACGAUGCGGCUGCUGUUCGCGGCGUGCCAGGGGGACGCCGGCGGGGUGGAGGAGCUGCUCAGGUCAGGAGUGGACGUCGACAGCAUCGACCUCGACGGGCGCACGGCGCUGCACAUCGCCGCGUGCGAGGGCCAGGGGGAGGUCGUGCGCCUGCUGCUCGACUGGAAGGCCAACAUCAACGCCCGCGACCGGUGGGGAAGCACGCCAGCGGCAGACGCGAAACAUUACCGCCAUUUUGAAGUACAUAACCUUCUGAGAGCAAGAGGCGCUAAACUUCCGAAAACCAGAAAGACUCCGAUGACUGUGUCGAAUCCUAAAGAACUCCCAGAGUAUGAACUGAACCCACUUGAACUUGAGUUCCGGAGAAGAGAGGAGGUCACAAAGGGUAACUAUGUGGCAAAGUGGUAUGGCUCCAAAGUAUCUGUUAAGAUACUUGACAAAGACAGCUUCUCGGAUGCAGAUAGCAUAAAUGCCUUCAAGCAUGAGCUUACCUUGCUUGAGAAAGCACGGCAUCCCAAUUUGGUCCAAUUUGUGGGAGCUGUUACACAAAAUGUACCAAUGAUGAUUGUUUCUGAGUACCAUCAAAAAGGUGAUUUAGCCAGCUAUCUUGAGACGAAAGGUCGCCUGAAGUCUCACAAAGCUAUCAGAUUUGCUCUCGACAUUGCAAGGGGACUAAAUUAUCUCCACGAGUGCAAGCCUGAGCCAAUCAUUCAUUGCAAUUUGUCACCAAAAAACAUCGUGCGGGACGAUGAAGGAAAACUUAAGGUGGCAGGUUUUGGAUUACUUUGUCUGAUUCAAGUCUCAGAAGAUAAAGUACAAAUGGCUCAGCCAAUAACAAAAUUUGAUGGUGUAUACAUCGCUCCUGAGAUAUACAGAAACGAACCAUUUGACAGAAGUGUAGAUGUGUUUGCAUUUGGUUUCAUUCUUUAUGAGAUGAUUGAAGGGACCCCUGCUUUCCACCCAAAGCCACCAGAGGAAGCGGCUAAGAUGAUUUGUUUGGAGAGGUUGAGACCACCGUUCAAGAACAAACCCAAAUAUUAUCCCAGUGAUGUGAAAGAGCUAAUACAAGAAUGCUGGCAUCCGACGCCUUCCGUCAGGCCAACGUUCGCAGAGAUAAUUGUACGCCUGAACAAGAUACGUGCAACCUGUGCUAAGCAGGCUCGCUGGAUAGACACCUUCAAGCUUCCAUGGAAACAAGCUUCAGAGAGAUAGCUGUAAAGUUCAGCGAGACUGUCGUCAAGAUUUCCCCCUUUUUUACAUAUACGAGUAAACACGGUGAAAAAAAUAUGUAUCGAGUUACGGAACAGAAAGCCGUUCCUUUUCAAGUUCUAUAUGUCAAAGAAAUGUACGUACAAUUUCCUAGUCUGUAUUUGUGGCUUAUGCCUCCGGCGUAGUUUCUUUUGAGCUAUCUUCAUCCAAACGGGAACGUUGUAUUAACUUUCUGAAUAUCCCGUACAUGCCACUUCA